AAAAUCCCAGCUCUGUUUUGAAACCAUUCUGCACGCCCGACCACCUUCCAGUCCGAGUCCGAUGCUCUUCAGACACCCUGUCGCGCUCGCAACCCGCCGCUCAUUACCUCGCGCUCUCUUCCACACUUCACGCGCGUCAUACGCCCUUAAACGCUUCAAGCUUGCAGACAUCGGCGAGGGUAUAACGGAGGUAGAAGUCAUCAAGUGGAACAUAAAGCCAUCCACGCCUGUACAUACCUUCGAGCCUCUGUGUGAAGUCCAGAGCGACAAGGCUAGCGUCGAGAUUACCAGUCCCUAUGAUGGCAUUGUAAAAGAGUUCUUUGUUGAGGAGGGGGCCGUGGCCAAGGUCGGCCAAGACCUAUGUACCAUCGAAGUCGCUGACGACUCCCCCACCGCUGGCGAGCCCGACUCUGAUGCCUCUCACUCGGAGUCUUCCUAUGACGCACCUAGAGGUCCUCCAGAGAUAGCGCGACCUACACUGUCCGCUGAUGUUCCGCUGACAAUACAGCAUGAACAGGCUCCUCCCCGUCGGCCACACCCUCUGGACCCGAACGCUCCGGAGGAGGCCCGCGCGUCUCAUGCCUCUGCUCACGACGUACUCGCGACACCCUCCGUUCGUCAGUACGCGCGCGAGCACAAUGUUGACCUUGGCAGAUUGGCCCCUGGUAGCGGCAAGGGUGGUCGUAUCGAGAAACGCGACAUCGACACGUUCUUGAAAGUAGGGGUGAUGCAAGGGACGCAGCAACACCAUGCCCCGUAUCCCGCCAUACACCCGGCUGGUCAGGACGUCACCAUUGAGCUGAACCGCACUAGGUUCAACAUGUGGAAAGCCAUGGAGAAGAGUCUUGCUAUCCCGCAAUUCAGCUGCUCCACGAGCCUCGACAUCACGGAACUGCACAACAUCAUUCCCACUCUGAACGCUCACAUCCCCAAGCAUUACCUCCCGCCAUCCUCCCGGCCCAACCCCGAGUCCCAAGUCAUCUCCCCCGCGUCCUUCUACGCCCCUCCAGUCCCCCCAGAGGUCCCCUCGUCCGGCCAGUACACCCGCCUCACCUACCUCCCCAUCCUCCUCAAGACCCUCGCCAAAGCGAUGCACGAAUGGCCGCUCUUCCGCUCGUCCAUUGCCUCCAGCCCCGGGGCUAGCGCCGACGGCACGAGCAAGCCGACGAUGACCCUCCGCCCGCACGCGGACAUCAGCAUCGCGCUCUCGACGCCGACCGGGCUGUAUACGCCCACGAUCCAGGCGGUCGACGCGCAGAGCGUGUACGCGCUCGCGUCGCAGCUCAGGCACAUCUCGCACCUGGGCAGGCAGGUGCCGUGCGCGCUCACCCCGAGGGAGAUGCCGAAGCGGGGCGGGACGGUGAGCGUGUCGAACGUGGGCGGGAUCGGCGCGGUCGAGAGCGCGGCGCCGGUGUUGGUCCCUGGCGGGGGCGUUGCGAUCGUCGCGAUCGGGAGGGCGAGGUGGGUGUGGGAUGUGGAGAGGGGCGAUGGGAAGGGCGAGAGGAGGUUGAGGGUCGGCGUCAGCUGGUCGGCGGAUCAUCGUGUCGUGGAGGGCGCGGAGCUCGUUGCGUUCAUGGAGACUUGGAGGAGCUGGGUCGAGGCACCGCAGAGGCUCAUUGCUGACAGCGUAUGAGUGCGACGUUGGGGACUCGACGUGCAAGCUUCACGACUGGAUCAGAUGCUGCCCUAAUCAGACUGUACAUCACUGCACUUUGUACACCACAAGGUCAAUACAGAUGCUUGAGCCUUGCAGCGAACGAAAUAC